AUGAUGGUUAAUGAGAUCUCAGACUUGGCCUCUCCCUCCUCUCUUGGAGUCGUCACGGCCACGUGUGUAUCUAAGGUAGAGCUACGUGUGUGCUGUAAGAACCUGCUGGACAGAGAUACACUCAACAAGUCGGAUCCAUGUGUAGUGCUACUUAUGCAGUCCCAAGGCCAGUGGAUGGAGGUGGACAGAUCAGAGGUAAUAAAAAGCAACCUAAAUCCAGUGUUCUCCAAGGUCUUCACAGUUGACUAUUAUUUUGAAGAGGUUCAAAAGCUGCGUUUUGAAGUGUAUGAUAUUCAUGGACAUUGCAGUAUUGGGUCACGAGAUGAUGACUUUUUGGGAGGAGUGGAGAUCACGCUGGGACAGAUUGUGGCACAGAAGAGGAUCACCAAAGGCUUAUUCCUUAAAUAUGGAAAAUACGCUGGCAAAUCUACAAUCACGGUUAUUUCUGAAGAGAUUUCCGGGAAUAACGGAUAUGUGGAACUCUCAUUCUGUGCACGUAAACUGGAUGACAAGGAUCUCUUUAGCAAAUCAGAUCCAUUCCUAGAAAUCUAUCGAAUAAAUGAUGACCAAAGUGAACAGCUGGUGUAUAGAACAGAGGUCAUUAAGAAUAAUUUGAACCCUGUGUGGGAUCCAUUUAAAGUGUCUUUGAACUCUCUUUGCUGUUGUGAGGAGAAGAGAAAGCUCAGGUGCCUAGUGUGGGAUUAUGACUCCCGUGGAAAACAUGAUUUUAUAGGAGAAUUUUAUGCAACAUUUGAAGAAAUGCAAAAAGGGAUUGGAGGAAACAAGGUGCAGUGGGACUGUAUCAACCCCAAAUACAAAAUCAAAAAGAGGAAUUAUAAAAAUUCUGGAGUGGUUAUACUGUCAGACUUAAAGAUACACAGAGUUUAUUCUUUCUUGGAUUAUAUCAUGGGUGGCUGCCAGAUCCACUUCACAGUUGCCAUAGACUUCACUGCCUCGAAUGGAGAUCCAAGGAAUAGUUGCUCACUUCAUUAUAUUAAUCCCUACCAGCCCAACGAAUACCUGAAGGCUCUUGUUGCUGUGGGAGAGAUUUGCCAAGACUAUGACAGCGACAAGAGAUUUUCUGCUCUGGGAUUUGGAGCUCGGAUUCCUCCAAAAUAUGAGGUAUCUCAUGAUUUUGCUAUUAAUUUCAACCCAGACGAUGAUGAAUGUGAAGGGAUUCAGGGAAUAGUAGAAUCCUACCAAAACUGCCUACCCAAAAUCCAACUGUAUGGACCUACUAAUGUGGCACCUAUAAUCUCCCGGGUGGCACGGCUUGCAGCUGAGGAAGAAAUAACCAAGGAGGCAUCAAAAUACUACAUCCUCCUUAUUCUCACAGAUGGUGUAGUGACAGACAUGGCUGACACUCGAGAGGCUAUAGUACGUGCUUCCUACCUGCCCAUGUCAAUUAUCAUAGUUGGAGUUGGAAAUGCAGAUUUCACAGACAUGCAGAUUCUAGAUGGAGAUGAUGGCAUCUUAAGAGCGCCCAAAGGGGAACCUGUGCUCCGUGAUAUUGUACAGUUUGUUCCAUUUCGGGAAUUUAAGAAUGCAUCUCCUGCAGCUCUGGCUAAAUGUGUUUUGGCUGAAGUUCCAAAACAAGUAGUGGAAUAUUACAGCUAUAAAGUCUUCCCCCCUCGCUGCCCAAAAGAAGAUUCUCCAGACUCAGCUCUCAACUCCCCCCAAUGA